AUGGAUCCACAGAUCCGAAUGUUACUCGAGCUGACGUUCGAAUCGCUUGAAAGUGCUGGCAUCCCUAUCGAAGAUAUCGCGGGGUCCAAGACCUCCGUCUUCGCUGGAACAUUCACCAAGGACUACCAUGAUCGGCUGCUGUCAGACCCGAUCAGUAUUCCCCGUCAUGUGGACCAGAAGGAAAGUGUUACGCCUUCGACCACCGAGCCCAAGGCUACGGGCGAGGAGAAGGUGUGGCGACUUUGGUUGUCAAGCGGCUUGAGGAUGCCAUCAGGAACGGUGAUCCAAUCCGUGACGUCAUUCGACCUCAUCAAAGAAUGCUAUGAGAAAGCGGGCCUAGAUCCUCGCGACACCAUUGCGGUGGAGGCCCACGGUACAGGAACGACCACCGGCGACCCGAUAGAGGCGGAAGCCAUCGGUCGAGCUUUCAGUCCCAAAGGCAUUCACCACAGAGGGAAACCUGUCUUGGUUGCUUCGGUCAAGACAAACAUCGGCCACACUGAAGCUGCGUCUGGGUUGGCAGCCGUCAUCAAGAUGGCGAAGUCCCUGGAGCAUGGUCAAAUUGCACCGAGUCUAAAUUUCGAGAGAGUCAACCCGAACAUUGACCUCCACAACCUAGGACUCGAGAUACCCCUGGAACUUGGGACAUGGCCAGCAGAUUAUCGUCGCCGAGCAUCUGUCAACAACUUUGGAUACGGGGGCACGAACUCACAUGUCAUCAUGGAGAACGCACCAGAGCGGGAAACGCUAACAAGGGCUCAAGCCUUGGGUAGAGGCAAGUACGUAGCGUCAAAGCUGUUCUUCCUAAGCGCUCGAGAUGAGAAGACCGUUCUCAAAAUGGCAUCGGACCUUCGCGGACACUUGGAGCUGAACCGACAUGCCUCUCUUAACAACUUGGCUUUCACGCUCGGUCAGCGCCGCUCAAGGUUUCAUUGGAGUCUGGCCGUCCCGUCAACAUCACUGGAAACUCUGAUGACAUCCCUGUCCGAUAACGAUCUGCGGCCGGUGCAAGCUCUCAGCCUACUACCGAAGCUGGGGUUCGUUUUGAAUGGGCAAGGUGCGCAAUGGUUUGCCAUGGGCAGAGAACUGAUGGAACUUUACCCGACAUACCUGGCCACACUCAGAAAGUGUCAAGAAGCUGUCAGGUCCUUUGGCGGCGAAUGGUCGUUGAUUGAUGAAUUGAGACGGGAUGAAAGCCAGUCCCGAGUAGAUCAAGUGCAGUUCAGCAUGCCGCUCACAUGCGCCGUUCAAAUCGGACUUGUUUGCCUGCUCGAAGAAUGGGGCGUCAGGCCCGCGGCAGUAACUGGCCACUCUACCGGCGAGGUAGCCGCCGCAUUUACUGCUGGAGCAGUGUCACUCGAGGAAGCCAUGGCCAUAACCUUCUUCCGUGGACUGCUCAAUUCAGGUCACAUUGCCAGCAACAAAUGUCCAGGGAGCAUGAUGGCUGUCGGCAUGGGCCCAGAUGAAAUCAAACCAUACCUGGAUGACCUUGCAGACACGCCCUCGGGAAAAGUGGUUAUUGCAUGCUUCAAUAGCCCUUCAAGUGUCACUUUGUCGGGCGAUAUGGCGGCGAUAGAGGUUCUCGAACAGAAGUUCAAUUCCAGAGGAAUCUUUGCUCGAAAGCUCAAAGUCCAGGCCGCCUUCCAUUCCCAUCAUAUGGUUCCGCUGGCUGAAAGUUACGGCAGUCUACUAGUCAAGAACAUGAACAUUGGCCAGCGAUCCUUCUCUGACUCCGUUAAGUUCUAUUCUCCAACAAGUGGAAGUCAGAUCCAGGAUGCGAGCCUGCUCGGCCCGGGGCACUGGGUGGAGAACAUGCUUGUUCCCGUUCACUUCACCCAGUCUUUUAGCAACAUGCUACUUACCGAAAAUCUCGACUUCAUAGUGGAGCACAACAAGCAAGGUUUCAAUGUUUCCGCCGUUGUUCACUCGACCCAUUCAGGAACCCCUGUGAUCGAAAUUGAAGACAUGCACUUCCAGAGCCUUGGGCAUAUGACCGAGCAAAGUUCAAGCAGGGAACAAACGUGCCUCGUCACCGACUGGAAGCGGAGUUUCAUCCUCAAUGAUUCCAAAGCUUUGGUGGAUUCCCUGCGAGCUGACGCCCCCGACGACGAGAAGACCAUUGGCAAAGACCUCGUACGCUCAACAUUCUACCUGAUCUCGGAUGCUCUGAAACAGCUUACUGCUCAUGAUAUCUCGAACCUGGAAUGGCACCACCAAAAGUUACACGCAUGGAUGCUACUACUGGAGCAGCAGGCCGCAACCAACGAGCUGGCGCCUCGGAGCUCAAAAUGGGCGUCGAGCUCGCCAGGGGUCAAGCAGAUGCAUAUAGACAAGGUGGAAAGGGCCAUCGUCGGCGGUGCACUCUCCGUCAGGAUCGGAAAGGACCUGGUCCGAAUCAUGCGCAGGGAAGCCGCGCCGCUCGAGCUCAUGAUGCGGGACCAGCUCCUGUACGACUUCUACCAGAAUUAUGUGCACUUCAAGCGAUCGGCUGGGAAUGCCGCCACUCUGGUUCGCGCUAUCGCAGAGGAGAAGCCUCGGGACCCCGCCGAUCAAGGGUUUCAGGAGGCAUCGUACGACAUCGUCAUUGCAGCCCAGGUCUUACACGCGACGAAGUGCAUGAAGACGACCAUGGGCCACGUCAAGAGGCUCCUCAAAGAUGAUGGAAAGCUAAUCCUGAGGACAAUGGACUGGGCGCAGGAUGUCACGGGCGUGGACACAGAAUACGCCGUCCGCAAAUCAGAGAUAUUCGUGCCCCGAAUCUGCGUCGAUGACAAAGAGAACGAAGCCCUCCUGGAUGGUCUUGAGGAGAGAAGCCCAGAGGCACAACCUUUUGAACAGCCCAAUCUCAAAUUACGCAUGCACGUGGAUACACCAGGUCUUCUGGAUAGUAUUGUCUUCAGAGAAGACCCUGAUGCAGGUCUUCCUCUACCUGAGGACUACGUUGAGAUCAAGCCGCGUGCCUUCGGCCUCAACUUCCACGACGUGAUGGCGGCCAUGGGAAUGCUCAAAGAAGAAAGGCAAGAAAUCGGCGUCGAGUGCGCAGGAGUCGUGACACAAGUCGGGCCGCAUUCUUCUCAACUUAAGACCACGCAUGGCCUGCGAGUUGGGGACCGAGUCUGCGCGCUGACUGCACACGGACAUUUUGCCAACACCGUGCGGGUGCCGUGGACAUCUGUAGCACGCAUACCGCCAUCGAUGACCUUCGAGACAGCUGCGUCGUUCGUCACCGCCUUCGUGACGGCAUACUACUCUCUGUUCGAGGCCGCCAGGUGUGAGGACGGCGACACUCUGCUCAUUCACGCUGCUUCUGGGGGCGUGGGUCAGGCGUGCAUCAUCCUGGCUCAGUGGAAGGGAAUCGAGAUUUUCGUCACUGCUGGGACCCAGGAGAAGCGUGACUUCUUGAAGAGCCAAUUUUCUAUUCCACCAGACCACAUCUUUUCGAGUCGGGACGACCUCUUCCCUCAGGAGAUACGAAGCGCCACGGCAGGGCGAGGGGUUGAUGCAGUCAUCAUUUCUCUGGCUGGUAACCUGCUGAAUGAAAGCUGGAACUUGGUCGCCCCCCUUGGGCGAUUCCUGGAGAUCGGAAAAAAGGACGUACAUCUGAACAAGUCGCUAGAGAUGGAGCCAUUUCGGAGAGCUCUUUCUUUCAUGCACGUCGACAUCAUCCAGCUGGCAGACAACAAGGGACACCUUGUCCAACGGAUCCUCCAGAAGCUAUUGUCUUUGCUAGGCAGUGGUGCUAUCAGCAACCUUACCCCAGUGUCAGCAGUCCCGUUGGCCGAGGCCGCACGAGCAUUCCGGACAAUGCAAGCCGGAAACCAUAUUGGCAAAAUAGUCCUUGUCCCAGGGCCAGAUCAACUCGUCAAAGUAAUAGAGCCACUAAAACUCUGCCAACUUCGUCCGGAUGUUUCGUACAUGAUUGUCGGUGGCCUUAGUGGCAUUGGGCAGUCUAUUGCGAGGUGGUUCAUAUCCCGCGGGGCCCGCAACCUCCUGCUGGUUUCUAGAAACGCGGCGUCACGGUCAGAAAGUUCAACCUUUAUAGAGGAGCUGGCCAUCGACGGGGCCAGAAUAAUGGUCAAGAACUGCGAUGUUGGGGACCUUCAAUCCCUGAAGGCGGCCAUAGAUGGCUGCCGUGCGUCGGGAAUGCCAGAUAUACGAGGUGUGGUCCAGGGUGGUAUGGUGCUCGACGAUUCCAUUCUGGAGCGCAUGAGCUUCUCUCAGUGGAACCACGCCCUGAACCCAAAGGUCAGCGGUACCAAGAACAUCGAAGAGCUAUUAGGCCACGACCUGGACUUCUUCAUUCUCCUUUCUUCCCGCUCCGGUGUCCUCGGCUAUCCAUCACAGGCCAACUACGCAGCCGGGAACACAUACCUGGACGCAGUGGCACGUCGUCGAGGCGCGAGGGGCCUGCCAUGCGUAGCCAUCGACCUCGGUCCCGUGAAAUCGGUCGGCUUCGUUGCUGAAACGCAGGAAGAGGGCAUGCGAGACCGCGGCCACCGCCCGCUGAGCGAGUCCGAGGUCUUGGGCCUGGUCGAUUACGCCAUACGCAACCCUCGCCGGCCGCCGCGUACAUCACAGAUAGCUGCGGGGAUUUCAAGCGCUGGGAUCACUGGGAAUGAUCCACGCUUGUCUAUGCUGCAGGGGGGCGCAUCUUCGAGCCGUGGGAGCCGUGGGACGAGUAGCGCCGGGGCCCGACCUGGACAUGGGCGCGUGAGCCUCCACGAAGAAAUCUCCCGUGCAACAUCACUGGACGAAGCUGCGAAUGCCGUGCAAGGCGCAUUGAUUGCAAAGAUAUCGGACAUGUUUGUUCUUCCGGAGACGGAUAUUGACCCGGGUCGGCCUCUUUCUCACUACGGCGUGGACUCAUUGGUAGCUGUUGAGUUGACAAACUGGCUUGUGCCCAAUGCUCGCGUUGAGAUCAACAUUUUCGACUUGAUUGGAAGUUCGUCGCUUAGUGAGCUGGCGGCGAAUAUUGUCAAACGGGCUCGACCCGUACUUCAGACACUUUAG